AUGUCAACAACUCUCUCUCUGAGACCUUCCCAGAUUGACGAUGUGGAGCUCAAGUUUCUCCGGGAACAGACUGGAAUAUCCGAUCCAGCCAAACUGAAAGAGCAUGUCUUAGCCGUGCAGACAAAGGCUUAUGAGAUCUAUGGAUACCCUUGUAUCCGUCUGUUUUCUUUCGUCAGAUUGCGAAUAUCUCGACUUCCGGCCUAUGUCAAGGUUUUGAAUCUCCUUCGUGAACGGCCAACCGCACUCUGUCUUGACUUGGGCUGUUGCUGUGCGUUUCGUUUGAACAAGACUCGAAUGCUAGCGAGCGCUCACCAUGUUAUAGUUGGCACAGAUGUGCGUAAACUUGCAACAGAUGGUUUCCCAAUCGAACAACUCAUUGCAAGUGACUUACACAAGGAGUUCUGGAAUUAUGGUCAUGAACUAUUUCAAACCACACCAGAAACACUGCCAAUCAAGUUCCUUGAAGGCGACAUUUUCGAUCCAGGGUUCAUGCAAGCAACUACAUCCCCGUUAGAAAGUCCACUCAAGCUCGACACAAUCACCUCACUUACUCCAUUAGCGGGUCAGCUCUCAGUUAUCCAUGCAUCGUAUUUCUUCCAUCUGUUUUCCGAGCACAAACAGCUUGAACUUGCGAAAAUUCUAGCAAAGCUCUUGUCCCCACAGCCGGGGUCACUUAUCCUGGGCGCUCAUACCAGCAGGGAAGAACAGGGUACCAGAACACGUCCAUAUCGCGGCCAGGGAGAUCAGGCAGGCGAAAUGUUCUGUCACUCUCCGGGUUCAUGGGUAGAACUAUGGCAGUCGGUUUUUCCAACGGGGAGUGUACAGGUAGACGCGAGAUUGGUGAAGCGUGGCGAUCCAGGAAGUCAUCCAGCAGAUAUGGUGGCACCAUUGGACGUCGCCGACGCUGGAGUGCUCGAAUGGUCUUGCAUGAGACUGUAA